UCUAAAAUGCAAAACCAAUGAUAAGAGAAGAAAAUUCUUGGGAAGCUGCAAUGCUGUAGCAACUUGACGAUUUACUGCCGCAAUCCCCAAAUCGACCCAAAACACAUGGCAUCUUCUUCCGCGGAAUACGUUCUACAAAUCUGCAGAAAAAGGACUCGCCAUCGUGGUAUAAUCAUUACGAAGCGAAGGAAGUCUUUCUAAUGACGGCCAAAUUGUAUCGUAAUAACAUUAAAGCUGAAUCGAUUGGCAUUAUAACACCGUUCAUAAAACAAGCUAAACAUUUGCGAAAUCUUUUUGAUGAUGCCGACGUAGCGAUGCCUAAAAUUGGUAUUGUGGAGGAGUUCCAAGGACAGGAACGCGAAAUAAUAUUAAUCUCAGGAGUGAGAUCAAGCAAGGAGCAUAUAUGUGACGAUAUGCAUCAUGGAUUAGGAUUCAUACGAAAUGAAAGAUCAACCAAACUCGCAAUUUCUCGGCCUCGUUGUUUGCUUAUGAUAUACGGCAACCCCGACAUACUCUUUUUGGAUCCUCAUUGGCGCAUGAUCAUAAAUUACGGCAUCGAUAAUGAUGCCUACCUCGGUCAUUUGCCGGCAACGUUGUCUGACCCACCAACACUAGCCGAAGGAACAGUUAAUACUCAAGAUAAUUAA